AUGCGACGAAAAUCGAGCUUGGCUGCUCCGAAGUCUGCAUCAAAGAAGCAGGCAAAGAAACAGCUGCGGCUUCAGCCAGCACAAUUUGGAGAGUUAGAAACUACUCCAACUAGCCAUCAUGAGAAGUCACCGAUUCCUUCCGUGGGGCAGAAAACCCGUGCCAGCCAUACCGAUUGUCAUGAUACCGAUCAAAUAGUUGAUCCAGAGGAAUUCGAGGAUGGGGUCGACGAUAAUGACAUGGCAAAACUCGCUGACACUCCAAAAAAAAUUAAGACUCCCAGGGACAGGGAGAUAAUCUGGUCUGAAAAGGAUUCCGAGACACACAGGAGCUCAUCAAUGUCUCCUGAGGAAGAGGAGCAAUCAGGACACGUUUUCGGAUAUAUUAGAGAUGAUAUUCCGUUUACCAGUCCUGCAUCUGGACAUGAUGCUCUUCCGGAUACCUUGCCUCUUUCAGCGCCUCCAGUGAGUCCUCCCUCGGCCGAUUGUCAAAGUCAAUCGUCACAACAUGUGGAUUUCUCCGAAACUGCAUCCACGCUUUUUCGCAGUUCUCCGUUCGGAAGGAGCCAUGCUUCCAGAGGAUCAGUCACGACAUCACAGCCUGCCUCAACGAAAAAAGAUACGACGCUCAACCUCGUUGGGAUGCAACUUCCAGCACUAGAUCCAUCGGAUAAGGGCAUUCCCCAUGCAUCUGCCGACAGUCAGACUAAUAAGUCUGAUAAGAACCCAGCUCGAGUCUCAUCAGCCCGGCAGAUUACUGAAGAAACCCUGCCAUCCAGCUGCCAUCCGAUUUCAACAUGUGGUGUAAAUCUUGAGGCAGAAAGCGUCCAUACAGUCAGAACCUUGGGCUCAGGAGAUAUCUUGUUAGACCAUAUCACAUUGGAUCUACCUGAUGCUAAUGGAGAAAGAAGGCCAAAAGCUCCCACUAUUCCAUGUGACGCCAAACCUCCGAAGAAACGCAAACAGCGGCCUAAGACUCCCAUCCAGUUCGAUGAAAACACUCAAGAGGUUAAAUCUGUGUCUCGCCAGCCGCUCUACAGGAGGUUAUAUAAUCAACCCGUACUCAGAGACGAACAAGAGGCAUUCAGACAAGAAAAAAUAGGUGGCAAAAAACGCAAAUCCGACGUUUCUAAUAGCAAUAAUUUGCAAAAAAAGGUCAAACCCGCAGUAAUCGACUACGCAGAGUCCCUGGUCGUCGACAGCGAUACCAAUAGGCAAUGUGUCAGCCGGCCAAGCUGUCCCGACCCUCAGCAUUCUCUCAAAGAUCUACAUAAUGACGAAAUAUCUCACGACAUCAUAAAAGAACAAGCACAAAAGUCUCAAGUUAUGAGCCCGACACCUUUCAAGAACAACGACGUAGGCGACUUCCAAACGACGGACACAGAGACCAUACUGCCGCAGUCGAACCGCACUCGUUCACAACUCGCGGCCGUAAAAACUAUCAAGCCUACCGAGAAAGUCGGUGACUGCAUUUUUGUUGCAACGUCCCAGAAGCGCACAGGUCAUGAUAUUACAACAGCGAAAGAGACCUGGAAAGAUUUUUUUGUACUCAAUCCUCGCAUGAAGAGCCGCCCGUCUGCGGGCGUUGAAGGUGACGGGGAUGCAGGCGUUUCAACAGACGACAGUAAAAAGACGAACUCAGCCGCUCGUACAACUGGUGUCGCAAGAAGCUCUUCUAAGCAUGUUAACUUCCAAACCUCCCAAGCACAACAUUUUUCCAAGUCCAAAAUGGUUCAGAAAACCGCCACUGACAGACGGAUCGGUCAAAAUUUCAGCGUGAGUGAAAGGGGCAGUCCAAUUCCCCGCCAACAACAGGAGAGCAGGGUUGAUAUACCAUGUACAAAAGAAUCAAGUGUCUCUUUGUUGGAUGAAAAUAUUCCUGGGAUAGUUCAUGGACAUUUCGAGGUGCAGAAUUGCACCCUCAUACCUAAGAAGCACCGUUCCCAGGUGCAACGAGCUGAGGAAUGGGCUCCUGUCAAGGCAAAUUUCGAGUCCAUCCAAAACCACGAUUUAAUACAACACGGAGACCAUCCUGAGCUACUUCAAUCAAUUGUAUCUGACAUUCGAAGAAUUCUAACGAAGCAUCCCAAUAUAAACAAGACUGAACACGCAGCCCAGCCUGUCACUACAUCCGAUAGAAGUCGACAGCAGCUUCACGAACUGGUCGAUGUGCGUUUUUCCGACCAUAUAUUCGUAAAGGAUUCAUCCAAUGACUGA